GACCCUCUUUUGCAGGUGUUUGCGACAGCUCUCCGUGUACGCACGGCAGCAUGACGGAAUACGGCAGUGAGAAGAUGGCGGAAGAAGAGCGGAAUGCCAGUGCAGAGAAACUCAAGGAGAAGGCGAAUAACUACUUUAAAGAUAAAGACUAUGAGAACGCCAUCAAGUUUUACACGGAAGCAGUGGAGCUGAACCCGAGCAAUGCCAUCUACUUCAGUAACAGGAGUCUGGCGUACCUGCGCACCGAGUGCUACGGCUAUGCGCUGGCGGACGCCACACGAGCCCUGGAGCUGGACAAGAACUACAUUAAGGGCUACUAUCGGCGAGCCACCUCCAACAUGGCCCUGGGCAAGUUUAAAGCCGCGCUUAAAGACUACGAAACGGUAGUUAGAGUUCGUCCGAAUGACAAAGAUGCCAAGAUGAAGUACCAGGAGUGCAAUAAGAUUGUCAAACAGAAGGCCUUUGAACGGGCCAUUGCCAGCGACGAGCUCAAGCGAUCGGUCGUAGACUCCUUAGACAUCGAGAACAUGACAAUCGAGGAUGACUAUGCUGGACCUAAACUUGAAGAUGGAAAAGUUACACUGACGUUCAUGAAAGACUUGAUGGACUGGUUCAAAGACCAGAAGAAACUGCACAGAAAGUGUGCUUACCAGAUGCUGGUUCAAGUUAAAGAGGUUUUAUCCAAACUUCCAAGUCUUGUUGAAAUCACAUUAAAAGAGGUAGAACGAAAAAUAACUAUUUGUGGAGACACACAUGGCCAGUACUACGAUCUUCUAAAUAUCUUCGAUUUGAACGGUUUACCAUCUAUAACUAAUCCUUAUCUGUUCAAUGGUGACUUUGUGGACCGCGGCUCUUUCUCAGUAGAAGUCAUCCUCACGCUGUUUGGCUUCAAGCUGCUGUAUCCGGAACACUUCCACCUUCUUAGAGGUAACCACGAGACGGAUAACAUGAACCAGAUGUACGGUUUCGAGGGUGAGGUGAAGGCCAAGUACACCGCCCAGAUGUUCCAGCUCUUCAGUGAAGUUUUCCAGUGGCUUCCUCUCGCUCAGUGCAUCAAUAGCAAAGUGCUGGUGAUGCAUGGAGGACUGUUCAGCGAGGACGGGGUGACUUUAGAUGACAUUAGAAAGAUAGACAGGAACAGACAGCCUCCAGACUCUGGUCCGAUGUGUGAUCUCCUGUGGUCAGAUCCUCAGCCGCAGAACGGACGGUCCAUCAGCAAGAGGGGCGUGAGCUGUCAGUUUGGGCCUGACGUGACGGAGCGCUUCCUGGAGCAGAACAAGCUGCAGUACAUAGUGCGCAGUCAUGAGGUGAAAGGCGAGGGUUACGAGGUCACUCACUCAGGGAAGUGCAUCACCGUGUUCUCAGCGCCAAACUACUGUGACCAGAUGGGAAACAAAGGAGCUUACAUUCAUCUCAGGGGAUCAGACCUCAAGCCAGAGUUCCACCAGUUUACUGCUGUGCCUCAUCCAAAUGUCAAACCGAUGGCGUACGCCAACUCUCUGAUGCAGCUGGGUAUGAUGUAGAGCUGAAGCCCACGGUCCACACCAGUCCCUCCAGAUCCACUCGCAUCCGGCUCAUCCCCGCGUCCCACACACCCUCUUCCUCGCGUACACGCGCACACUUUACAGAACUCAAACCUGUAGAUACACGGGGGGGAGAAGCGCUCGCGCUGGCAAUGCCUUGACGUAAAAAAAGGAACUAGGAAUGUUAUUAAAUGAUGUAUUGACCCCGCCCCCACCCCACGCUCUCGUCAUUAAGGUAUCGUUCAUGUAGAGCUGCGUGGUUUGAAUCGGAUGAUUAAAUGAGCUGAAUCGUACCAAAGAACGGGCGAGUGUAUACGGCUCACCCCCAAGUAAGGGUGUCGAUGUAGAAUUAGUCCAGAGGCUAAAACCUGGUCAGCACUUUUACCCACCGGCGUGUUUCUACACUGGGCCUUUAUUUAGAGAUUUUACCCCUUCGCAAUCCUUCAUCUGAGGUACUGUUGGGAGAAUUGUCAUUUCAAUACCGUAGCAGUGUGCGCCGUCUAUCAGAAAAUACAUAAUAAAAGUCACCUUUGAUAACAGGAAGCCAGAGUUUCUGUGAUUUAAACGGAUUUAGCUCCACUUUUUUUUGGCUUCUCUUCUCCUUGUUUAAGAAUAGGGAACAUCGCAGUAUUGUGAAGCUCAACGAGUGUUCGGUGUUUCCGCUCUGUAGACAGCUCCCGCACAUUCUUCUUUCUCCCAACACGCUCGACUGAAAUGCACUGGAGAUGCUCCGUGACCCUCGUGUAACCUUCCAACCUUCGUGUGGACUCCGAAUAAUACAGCAGAAACCUACCUUCCUCUCUUUAAGCGCACAGCAGCCAUGUCCCAUCCCCUUGACUUUUUAGAGAAUAUCAUAUACACCAACGUGUGUGUGCGCGCGUGUGUGUGUGUUAUAUAUAUAUAUAUAUAUCUCGCAGACAUGCAUGCAUACACACAGCAUACACACUGUAUAUUGAAAUUUCUGUGUACAUGUUUGGAAAAAAAGAUAUUGAAUAAAAAAAGCGCCAGUCCAAUAAUGUUGAAUGUGUUCAUACCUCUUUGUGUUCUGUUAGUUUGACAUGAGUGACAGCAGGAUGGCGAGGUCGCUUUUAUCAGCACUGGCUGCAGCUGAUACGAAAGAAUGUUUCGUUCAAUCGACGAGGACUGAAUGGAAAAAACGUGUCAUUUUUUUUAAAGAAAAUGUCUCCGUACUGCACAAUAGGCAUCUUGUCUGGCGAAAUAUGUUUUAAAUAAAAAUUUCAAUGAAACUGG